AUGCGUUUCCCAACCACCCACACCCUGACCUUGCUCCUUGCCCUCCUUCCUCUCACUUCCAUCGCCCUUAACAUCAUCGUAAACAACGAUGAUGGUUUUGGCUCCGCUAACAUUCGCGAACUUUACCGCUUUCUCAAUGUCGCCGGCCACAACGCCUGGAUCGUCGCACCCGUCUCGAACGAAUCCGGAAAAGGAGGCACCGAAGUCUUUACCACCGAAGCAAAUUUGACCGCACCUUCUGAGUUCGACCUCGUUCCUAAAGGCGCCCCUAGCUUCGGCACCGAUCCUAACGACUCGCACAUCUGGUACUACAACGGUACGCCUACUGCCUGUACCUUCUUCGCUCUGGACUAUGUUGUGCCCAACUACUGGAACGGCACUAAGCCGGACCUCCUGGUGGCUGGGCCCAAUUUCGGCCAAAACCUAGGUCCCUUCCUGUACACCCUCUCCGGCACAAUGGGCGCCACCUACGCAGCCGUCGAGCGUUCCCUCCCAGCCAUCGCGUUCUCAGGUGGCAACAACGGCCAGCGCUCCUACAAAGAGAUUAACAAAACCACUCCCUCUGGCUUCCCCGACCCCGCUACCGUCGACGCCCAGCUUUCAGUCGCACUCGUAAACCAACUCGCUAAGAAUGGAUUAAACAAGUCUCAAUUGCUACCUCUCGGCUACGGCAUCAGCGUUAACUACCCCGAAAUCACCUCCCUCACGAAUGACGAUUGCGUUGACCCGCCUUUCGUCCAAACGCGCAUAACUGGCGGCGCUGAGGUCGACACCGCCGUUUACGAUUCUACCACUGGCCUUUUCAGCUAUGGCGAGGUUCACCCCGCUGGAGCCAACACGUGUAUCAAUGGCGACUGCGCCCUGCCUGGUGAGACGACCAUCGUCAACAGUGGAUGCUUCAGCUCUGUCAGUGUGUUCACAGUCGACUACGAUGCGCCGAACCCGGGCAGCGAGAAAACGAGGAAGCUUUUGGAGCCCUUGGUCCAGCGUCGGAAUGCCACGGCGAACUCGACGGUUACUUCUCGGAGACUGCGAGCUCGCGCGAAUAGGUCCGCGAGAUUGGUCGGGAGUCCAGCUUGA